AUGACUUCCUCUGGGAACGCACCGGGCGGAUUCUCAUUUGACAAUGUGAUCCGUAACAGUAUGUUGCAGCAAAAGGGGUACGCUCCGCCGACCGCGCGGAAGACGGGUACCACCAUUGCGGGGGUUGUUUUCUCUGGGGGCGUCGUUCUUGGGGCUGAUACACGCGCGACGUCGGGGCCAACAGUGUUUGAGAAAAAUUGCCAGAAGAUCCACUACAUCGCGGACAGUAUCAUGUGCUGUGGAGCGGGUACUGCUGCAGACACGGACGCCACAACGCAGCUCAUCUCAUCUCAGUUGGCUUUGCAUAGCCUCGCCACCCGUCGUGCUCCUCGUGUCGCGACUGCGCUCAACAUGCUGAAGCAAAUGCUGUUUAGAUACCAGGGUCACAUUUCCGCCGCUCUCGUACUAGGCGGUGUGGACUUCCACGGACCACAUUUGUACACCGUUUAUCCGCAUGGAUCUACAGAUCGCCUACCUUACGUGACCAUGGGGUCUGGAUCGCUGGCAGCGAUGGCAGUAUUUGAGUCAAAGUACAAAGAAGAUAUGACUGCUGACGAAGCGAAGCAACUUGUUUACGAGGGCAUUUCUGCCGGUAUAUUCAACGAUCUGGGAUCCGGAGGGAAUGUCGAUUUGUGCAUUAUUACGAAGGAGGGCAAGGAGCUCAUCCGGGGCUAUGCGAAGGAGAAUGAGCGUAAGUAUCGGCGCCCGGCUGGAUACAUUUUCCCACAUGGUGCGACACCGGUCAUUGCUGGUUCGGAACAAUUCAAGGGUCCCGAGAAGGGAUUCUCGGUCGUUGCAGAAGUUGCGCCUGCGCAGGACACCAUGGAUGUCUCUGCAUAGUUUUGAGUAUCGAUGUGAUAAAAUUGACUUGUACAUCUGAGAA